AUGGCAACUCAACGCGUACCGGGAGGAUCUUCAGGCUUGAAAUAUAAGAAAAAGAAUACGAAGCAUAACAGCAAGGACAGGUCAACAGGGCCAGACAUGGUUUUUGCAGAACUUGGAGCCGUUGAGUUACUUCGGCAAGACUGCAGACCCUCCUUCAUUGUUGAUCUUAUGAUGGAAGAAGAAAAUUUUGAACUUUGCGUAGUCUUCUCGAACGAUGCCUUCAAGACUUAUGCUGGUUUUAGAGAGGUUGCUUCAUGGCUUUCAGGAAACUCGUGUCAGGGUGGGGAGGCAUUUAUCAAAUGGAUAUAUACUCAACCCAGGAUCGCAGUCAAUCAAUAUUGGUUCCGGCAACAAAGGUGGUCAAAGGUUUUGUUAGAGGAUCGAUGGUGCGUAGUUUCUGGGCAUGAAAUGGCAUUUGCGAAAUCUACACGAGAGGAUAGCAUUCAUCCCCAAUCCCUUCGGCCAAAGCCGGCACAAAGCAGAAGUUUCGAUCUGUGCGAAAAAGACUAUGAAAUUCCUUUCUCUUUUAAUCAGGAUGACGUUCCCAUCCGAAAGGCACCCGGUUCAUUCAAUCCUGCGAUGGCCGCCUAUGCAUACUUUACACCCUCUCCUUUGACCUUCGAGACACCCUUUGCCAGCUUCUUUUGCAGCAAAGACUGGUCUUCUACAGCCUUAGAGUCAAUCUCGGAACAACUCUUAGAUAUGACAAGUCUAAUCUCUAGUUUUACCCAAUUAUCACCUAUAGCUAUGUUCAUAAUGGAUGCAAAGGAUGGAAGUGUUGUUUUUGCUAAUGAAGCCUGGAUCACUGGUGGAACAGUAGAAGAACACGCCAGAUUGAAAUGGCUCGACUGCGUGGUUGAUAAAGACAGGGAGUUUAUCGCAAAAGAGUGGUAUGAGGUCACUGUCAACAAACGGCCCAUUCGUAAUCAAGGGAGACUCAAAACGCCUUGGAAGCCUGCAGUCCUGGAUCCUGCACUGUUUGGAAAGAAUGAAGUCUACUACACCUGGGCAGAAUGUCAUGCUGUCCCGCUAUUUAAUAAGGAUGGGAACGUGGAACAUGUUGUUGGGUGUCUUACUGAUAUCACACAUUUGAGAUGGACCACUCGAAUGCAGGAACUGAGAGCAAAGGAAGCACUAACGGAAACGCGGCAGAGGGAGGAGUUCAUGAAAAUGACGAGCCAUGAACUGAUGAACCCUCUAUCAGCAGUCGUUCAAUGUGCUGAUACCAUUAUCUCCAGUCUUGAUGAGAUUAAUAAAACUCUUUCAACCACUCAUGACAACGUCCUCCAUGAUGACAACUCAAAAAGUUACGGAGAAAUCAAAACGAUUAUAUUACGCAAUAUUGAAAUUGCGAGGAUAAUUUUAGGUUGCGGUGAACAUCAGAAAAGAAUUGUCGACGAUGCACGUAAGAUGGAAAAACCCAACAUCAAUCUAUUUUGUAUUUCACCCAUCAGAGCAGAACCAAUUCGUGUGGUCGAUACAGCUAUGACCAUGCUCUCGGGCGAAACAUCCAAACUAGACAUCAGUGUGCAACUCAAGAUGGAUCCUUCCAUGGAAAUCUUGGACGCAAGUUGGCUUUGUUUUGAUCCUUCCCGAUUUUUACAACUCCUUCUCAAUUUACUCACCAACGCCAAUAAAUACACAGAAUCAUCAGAAACGCGGAAAGUAGUCGUGUGUCUCGGAGCAACAACAGGAUCCCCUUACCACAAAGAAAUCGGAAGAGAUAUUCAAUACAUACCACUCCGCACCGCACGAAAUGAUCCAACAUUAACAGAUGCAUCCGGAAAAGGUGAAAUAGGUGGUGCUAUUGGGAUUGGUUAUGUGGAUUCACAGACGACGGGGAGUACCUUUGCUUUUUAUAUCAAGACUUGCCGUUCUGAGGCUUUAGAAAUUGAUGGUGGGGAUUUGAAGUCUGGAAUAGCAGGGGAGCUGGCGAGUUUGAAAGGAGACGUUGGGAGGAUGGAGGAAGAUAAGGAUAAGGAUGUAAUGCUCGAUGAGGAUGAGGAUGUUAUUUCGUUGUCGGACUUGGAUUUUUCGGAGUCGGACAUGACUAGUUCGGGAGAAGUGGUUGGUGUUGGAUUGGAACACGGUGGCGGGGUGGAUGUUGAUAGGGAGGUGGAUGUUGAUGGGGAGGUGGAUGUUGACGGAGAGGUGGAUGUUGACGGAGAGGUGAAUAGUGAUGAAAAGGUGGAUAACGAUGAAAAGGUAGAUGAUGAUAAAGAGAUGGAUGGUGAUAGAGAGGCAGAUGUUGACGGGGUGGUGGAUGCUGAUGAGGAGUUGGAGGGCGAAAGGACUGUGAAAGAGGUGAGUGAGGAAGCAGCAGAUAACACAUCGGUUGUCACAUCCGCGGGAUUAAGAAGAUGUGGAGAUGACAUUGGUGACGGGAUUUGUGGUGGUGAGAAGGGUUUCGGUAUCGGUGGAGGUAUUUACAGGGAGUUCGAUAUAGCUUGUGAUGAUGUGGGUGAAAGUGUUGCUAAGAUUGGAGAUUGGAGAUAG